GAUUAUAUAAGACUCCUUUCCAAGAAAGCAUUUUUGCGACGCAAAAGAGAUAAUUGUGUACAAGAAGACAAUUUGGUGGCAGUGUCUGAACACCCAAUCCUUAUACAUUCCAAAACAAGAGGAACAGCUCAGCUUUUCUGUAUUGAAGGAAGUGGAAGCUGAUAACUAACUUCUCCUCUCUCAUUUUGGGCUGAUGGAGGAUGUUUACAAGUUAGUAGAAGCAGAAUCAGCAAAUAUGCAAGGACCAGAAGAAGAAGAAGAAGAGGAUGACCCAGAAUGCAACAAUCUCCAUCAGCCUCUCCUCAAAAGAAACAGAACACUUUCAUCCAGCCCACUCGCCAUUGUUGGAGCCAAGGUUUCUUAUAUAGAGAGCUUGGACUAUGAGAUCAAUGAGAAUGAUCUGUUCAAGCAAGACUGGAGAAGCAGAUCAAGAGUCCAAGUAUUGCAGUAUAUUUUCUUGAAAUGGUUGCUGGCUUUCCUAGUCGGGCUUCUCACAGGAGGGAUUGCAACUCUCAUCAAUCUUGCUGUUGAAAAUAUAUCUGGAUAUAAACUUCUGGCUGUGGUUAGAUACAUCGAGCAGGAAAGAUAUCUAAUGGGAUUCUUAUAUAUGGCUGGAGCAAAUUUUCUACUGACACUGGUAGCAGCUGUUCUCGUAGUUUGCUUUGCUCCUACAGCAGCUGGUCCUGGAAUUCCUGAAAUCAAAGCUUAUCUCAAUGGAGUUGACACCCCCAAUAUGUUUGGUGCAUCGACCUUGAUUGUUAAGAUUAUUGGGAGCAUUGGAGCCGUUUCUGCGGGCCUAGAUCUUGGAAAAGAAGGCCCUCUCGUGCACAUUGGGAGUUGCAUUGCUUCCCUAUUAGGCCAAGGUGGUCCUGACAACUACCGAAUUAGAUGGCGCUGGCUAAGAUACUUCAAUAAUGAUAGGGACCGCCGUGACCUCAUCACAUGUGGUUCUUCUUCUGGUGUCUGUGCUGCUUUCCGUGCACCAGUUGGUGGUGUCCUCUUUGCUUUGGAGGAGGUUGCUACAUGGUGGAGAAGUGCACUCCUCUGGAGAACUUUUUUCAGUACAGCAGUCGUGGUCGUGGUGCUUAGGGCCGUCAUGGAAUACUGUAAAUCCGGCAACUGUGGGCUAUUUGGGAAAGGAGGGCUGAUCAUGUUUGAUGUGAGUGGGGUUUCUGUGAGGUACCAUGUGGUGGAUAUUAUCCCUGUGGCCGUUAUAGGAGUACUUGGUGGCCUUCUGGGAAGCCUUUAUAACUAUGUUCUCCACCAGGUCCUAAAGGUCUACAAUGUCAUAAAUAAGAAGGGCAAAUUGCAUAAACUUCUUCUCAGUCUGAGUGUCUCCAUUUUCACAUCUGUAUGCCUCUAUGGACUUCCUUUCCUUGCAAAGUGCCGACCUUGUGAUUCCUCCCUUGUCGAUUCUUCCUGUCCCACAAAUGGUCGGGAAGGAAAUUUCAAGCAAUUCAAUUGCCCAAACGGCUACUACAACGACCUCGCCACUCUCCUCCUUACCACCAAUGAUGACGCUGUUCGAAAUAUUUUCUCCAUAAACACUUCAUCAGAGUUCAAUGUCUUUUCCCUAGUCGUCUUCUUUGCACUGUAUUGUAUACUCGGACUUAUAACCUUUGGCAUUGCCGUCCCAUCUGGUCUCUUCCUCCCCAUCAUUCUCAUGGGUUCAGCUUAUGGCCGUUUGCUCGGACUGGCCAUGGGACCAUACACAAACAUCGAUCAGGGGCUAUACGCUGUUCUUGGGGCAGCCUCCCUCAUGGCUGGUUCUAUGAGAAUGACCGUUUCCCUUUGCGUCAUAUUUCUAGAGCUUACCAAUAACCUCCUCUUGCUACCCAUAACAAUGCUGGUACUUCUAAUCUCUAAAACCGUAGGAGACUGCUUCAAUCCAAGCAUCUAUGAAAUAAUUUUGGAACUGAAAGGGCUCCCGUUCUUGGAUGCACAUCCAGAGCCAUGGAUGAGAAACAUCACCGUUGGUGAGCUUGCUGAUGUUAAACCAGCAGUCGUUACACUUAACGGAAUUGAGAAGGUGCGCAACAUCGUGGAAGUACUAAAAAACACGACACAUAAUGGUUUUCCAGUUGUAGAUUCUGGAGUUACUCCACCAACAGGGUCACCCAACGGUGCAACUGAACUGCAUGGGCUGAUCCUGAGAGCUCAUCUUAUUUUAGCCCUGAAAAAGAAGUGGUUCCAGCAAGAAAGACGAAGAACAGAAGAAUGGGAAGUGAGAGAGAAAUUCACUUCCAUCGACUUGGCCGAACGGGGUGCCACGAUAGAAGAGGUAACAGUGACCAAAGACGAAAUGGAGAUGUAUGUUGAUCUGCAUCCCUUAACCAAUACAACUCCAUAUACUGUGGUGGAGAGCAUGUCUGUGGCAAAGGCAAUGGUGCUGUUUAGGCAAGUGGGGCUCCGCCAUAUGCUCAUUCUGCCUAAAUAUCAAGCAGCCGGGGUUUCUCCGGUGGUGGGAAUUUUGACAAGACAGGAUUUGAUAGCCCACAACAUUUUGAGUGCUUUCCCUCAUCUGGAAAGAUCAAAGGGGAAUAAGAAGGGGCAUUGACCACACUCCCCCAACACAAGAUUGUUGCAACUGUUAGCAUUUCCAGCGAUAUCCCAUACUUGUUCAGAUUUUCCUGCUUCUUUGGAACCAGUCAUUCUUUCUCUUGAUUCAUAGGCGUAUAGAAACCAAAGGAUUUUACAACAUUUGUGUGAUGGUAAAAUAUUGUCUUUAAGUAUACGUCAGUGCAUAAUACACUGUAUCACUUUGAAUAAGAGGUUCUAGAUUUUGUAACAGUGGUAAAAAGCAGGCAUGAACUGAGUGGAAUUCUUUUCACCAUUUGAGAGAGCGCUAUCCCUAGUCAAUGUUUA